AUGGCCGGAAAUCACACACAGAUUGAAUUCAUCCUGUUGGGAAUUACAGACAGACCAUGUGCACAGACCCCUCUUUUUGUCUUAUUUCUGUUGACUUACAUUGUCACUCUGGUGGGAAACGUUGGGAUUAUCAUCUUGGUUCGGGUGUCUCCCAGCCUCCACACCCCCAUGUACUUCUUCCUCACCCAGUUUGCCUUCGUUGACAUCUGCUAUUCCACAGUCAUCUCCCCCAGGAUGCUGACAGACCUCUUAUCAGAGGACAAAACCAUUUCUUUCACUGCCUGCAUGAUGCAGUUCUUCACCUUUGCUUUUUUCAGUACUAUUGAGUGUCACCUGCUGGCCAUGAUGGCCUACGACCGGCACGUUGCCAUCUGCCAGCCCCUGCUCUAUGUGACCAUCAUGUCCAGCCGUGUCUGCUGGCAGCUGGUAGCAUCAUCCUACCUAUUCGCCUUCCUCAGUGCCAUUGUAUGCACAUGGUGUGUGUUUGGAGGUUCCUUCUGUGGUCCCAACCGCAUUGACCACUUCUUCUGCGAUGUUGUCCCUGUUCUAAAGCUUGUGUGCUCUGACACCCACAGCAGUGAGAUGGUCAUCUUUGCCUUUGUCACCAUCAAUGUGGUGGGCACGAGCAUGAUCAUUUUGCUCUCCUACAUCUCUAUCAUUUUCACAGUGCUGAGGAUGUGCUCAGCACAGAGCAGGACCAGAGCCUUCCACACCUGUGCCUCCCAUUUGAUGGCUGUUGCCUCCUUCUUUGGUACAAAGCUCUUCAUGUACUUACAACCUCCAUCUAGUCACAGGAGUCAGGAUAAAGUGGCCUCCAUCAUCUAUACCAUCAUCACCCCCGUGAUCAACCCAUUCAUCUACAGCCUGAGGAACAAGGAGGUGAGGGGGGCUCUGAUCAAGUGCAGGACCAGGUUCUUCAACCACUGGCAACGGAAGAAAGUGAUGGGAGGAAAUCAAACCCAGAUUAAAUUCAUCCUCUUGGGAAUUACAGACAGCCCUCAUGCACAGACACCUCUUUUUGUCUUCUUUCUAUUGCCUUACAUUGUCACUCUGGUGGGGAACGUUGGCAUUAUCACAUUGGUGAGGGUGUCUCCCAGCCUCCACACCCCCAUGUACUUCUUCCUCACCCAGUUUGCCUUCACUGACAUCUGCUAUUCCACAGUCAUCUCCCCCAGGAUGCUGGCAGACCUCUUAUCAGAGGACAAAACCAUUUCUUUCACUGCCUGCAUGAUGCAGUUCUUCACCUUUGCUUUCUUUGCUAUUAGUGAGUGUUACCUGCUGGCCAUGAUGGCCUACGACCGGCACGUUGCCAUCUGCCAGCCCCUGCUCUAUGUGACCAUCAUCUCCAGCCGUGUCUGCUGGCAGCUGGUAGCAUCAUCCUACCUAUUCUCCUUCCUCAGUGCCAUCAUCUACACAUGGUGUGUGUUUGGAGGUUCCUUCUGUGGUCCCAACCGCAUUGACCACUUCUUCUGUGAUGAAUUUCCUGUUCUAAAGCUUGUGUGCUCCGACACCCACAGCAGUGAGAUGGUCAUCUUUGCCUUUGUCACCAUCAAUGUGGUAGGCACAAGUGCGAUCAUUUUGCUUUCCUACAUCUCUAUCAUUCGGACUGUGCUGAGGAUGUGCUCAGCACAGAGCAGGGCCAGAGCCUUCCACACCUGCACCUCCCAUUUGAUGGCUGUUUCCUUGUUCUUUGGGUCAGGAUUCUUCAUGUACCUACAACCCCCAUCUAAUCACAGGAGCCUGGAUAAGGUGGUCUCCAUCAUCUAUACAGUCGUCACCCCCAUGCUCAACCCAUUCAUCUACAGCCUGAGGAACAAGGAGGUGAAGGGGGCUCUGCUGGGGUGCAGGAGAAGGCUUUUCAGCCACUGGCAACAUAGCAGAGUUGUAUCAUCCAGGACAUGA